GUCGUAUACCCGGUAUACCUUAGCAUAUUACGCGAAGGAUAUCAGGGACGUAUCGAGAAGCUUGGUGCCCGGAUCAAUUAUCAUCUGAAAUGAUACGACGAAGUCCAACUCGGAUAGAAAUGCGUUUGGAUGACCUGCAAGUGUACGAGGAAAUAAGGAAAGCACACGAGUCUAAGAAAGAUCCUGAAAGAAAAGCGUCCUCGUCCAUGAAUCCACCCUCAUGGGGAGGCAAGAUUCCUCAGAGCGAGAUUCAGGAACGCAUUGGUUACGUGCCGCAACAUCCAUCCGCGCAUAAUCGAGCCACAACAUAGCAGUCGAUUCAAGACUUGGGAUACGAAUUACAGAAUGAAUAAGCAACAGUCAAAUUAUGCAUUCCAACAUAAUUUUGAUUUUAAAUAGUUGGAUACAUCUAUACACAGAUACGGUUUAAACAUGUUCGAAAAUGAUUUAUUAAAACAGAUAUAAUUUUUUAAAAAUGAACUUGUUCAAUUUUAUGCAAUUAAUUACACUGAUUGUGAUAAAAAAAAUUAUAAUCCUAAAAGCAGUUUUUACAACAUGACGUUAGUUUUAUUUACAAAAUGUAAUUGCUAUGUGUGAAAUAUACAAUUAAUGGACAAUG